CAAACGCCUAACAAAAUGUCGAAUCGAGAAAUGUUCUUUUUGGUCAUUUCAACUAUUUUGAUUUACGAAUUACAGUGGAUGGGAGCGAGAGAACUCCCAACGAGUUCCUCAAAAACGUUUUCAUCAUCGGGCGUGAAUAAGCUAAUGUUGGUGAAUUCUAAUGAAGAAUCAGAAGAUUCUCCGAACUCUGAAGCCGAAGAAGACGAAGAUUGGGAAAGAGAUUCGAUUGAAGAAUCAAAAGAUUCUCCAAGCGAAGAAGAAGCAGAAAAAGAAGACGACACUACUGAAGGAAAUCCUAAAGGGGUAUCGGGCGAAUCUUCGGACUCAGAAGAAGAAGAGGAUGAACCUAGUGAAGACGAUAUUGCCUUGGGAUCAGACGAUUAUCCGGAUUCAGAAUUUGAAGAGAACGAACCCACAGAGGAGGAUUUCGAAGAUGAAUCAGAAGUGGAAGAAGAAGAAGAACCUACUGAAGAGGAUUUUGAUGAAGAGUCAGAAGAUUCAGAGACAGAAGAAGACGAACCAGCUGGUAAAAGAGGUUUUCGGCGCCAUCGAUAUAAAAUUUUUCUGACAGAAGAUGUGCGUCCUAUUGGAAUAACCGCAAAUCUCCUUUCACAUCGUCGAGGAGGAUGUCAAAAGCUACUCAGGAUCGUCCGCAUUUACGGCAAUAACGCACUUGCCAGAGUUUUUCUGAAAUGUGGUCGACUGUCUAAGUUUUUAGGGAAACUGUGGUUGAGAUUGGUUAUUAUUCGAAGAAAUUCUGGUGAUCGAUUUUUGAAUUCCGGUUGCAACAUUAACGACCGUUCAAGUGAUCUUGGUGGAAAGCAUGGCGGGCGUGAUUCAGACGCUCUGCUCAGACUCAAUAAUCACGAGGCUGGGGAAGCGCGCGAAGAAAUGAUGGCGGCAGUCAAAGUCGAGAAGUAUCUUAAGUGCGCAAUGAAUAGAAUCUUGAAGGUUUACAAUCGCGGAGGAGAAAAAUUUUUCCUUGCUUGGAGAAUCAACACCCUAUUUUCGCAAGGAGCACUGAGGAAUUUGGCAAGAAGACAUAGCUGCGAACAAAGGAAAGUCGAACACUGUCCACGUUCAACUUUUACAUUUCGCACGAUUGAUGGUACAUGCAACAAUAUUCGUAAUCCUUUAUUUGGUUCCGCCCCUGGUCCUCUCAAUCGCCUUGUUCCUGCAAAAUAUUUUGACUUCGAUGGCCUUGACGAACCUAUCGGUUUCCCAGGUCAAGUGAACGUCCCUAAUAUUCCUGCGACGCUCAAAGUAGUUCAACGAUUUAUUAUUCAACAAAAUCAGCCUUCAAGGAGGCCAUUGCCUCACUCUCACUUACUCAUGCAGUUCGGUCAAUUUUUGGAUCAUGACGUUGGUCUUUCACCGGAAAGUCAGUGUUCGGACAAUUGCCAAGGCAUAACAAUCGACGGUUCAGCAGAUGAUUUUGCAGCACCCUGUUAUUCCAUCCAACCGUUUGGAAAUGCCGAGGGCAUUCAUUUUGCAAGAUCAGCUAGUGAAUGUCAAAUAAAGAAUGGCCGUUUCACAAAACGAGAGCAGAUUAAUGUUGACACGUCAUUUGUUGAUGCCUCGCAGGUCUAUGGAUCCGGUAAAACACUUGCGAGAGAUUUGAGAGAUUUGAGAAGCAAAGGGCUUUUGAAAACAACCCUGGCGUAA